CUUCCACUGAUAUAUUCAUGUCGGUGAUCUAUUAUAAAUUCAAAGCUGCCAAAGAUUCUGAUUAUGAUGUCUUUACAUUUGAUGGACAAAGUGCUACUGUGUUUGAUGUGAAAAAAGAAAUCAUACGAGCUAAAAAGUUUGGGAAAGCUGCCGAUUUUGAUCUUGCCAUUUAUAAUGCUCAAACUGAUGAAGAAUACAAUGACGAUACAUUUUUGGUACCACGUAAUACAUCAGUCAUAGUUCGUCGAUUACCUCCUUCUAGACCUGGAAAAGGCACAGCACAACGAUAUGCGCAAGGAGCAGGACCUAUAGACGGUAAAGGUAUGGGUGCAAGUGGAAUAGGAAUCAUGAAAGGUCCAAAUCAAUCUACAACUCAAUCUACGACUGGACGAAGAAACCUUGUUUUGAAUGCUUUACCACAACAACAACAACAACAACAACAACAACAACAACAACCUAUAGACAACUCUGCAUUGAAUACAAAUCCAUUCCAACAACAGACAAGUGAAACAGUAGAUACAACUAAUCCAACAGAAACUGAAGAUUCUGAAGAAGCUAGAAUUCAAGCCAUGUUCCAACAAACAACAGAUCAAUGGGGUGCUAUGCAAGAACGUUUAGCAGAACAACAAUAUAUUCCAUAUAUAGCACGAGGUGGAGAUGCUAGAAGAGGUCGUGGUGGACAUCAACAUAGUGGAUCACCAAGGACAUCAGAUCAACCAGUACCAUCUUCAACAACGGAUAUGAAAGAUUCUUAUCAACCUCCACAACGUGUUCCUCCUCCUACUUAUGUAUGUUAUCGAUGUGGGCAAAAAGGACAUUAUAUCAAUCAGUGCCCUACGAAUGGAGACAAGGAUUAUGAUAAACACCCAAGGAUCAAACGAACAACCGGAAUUCCUCGUAGUUUUCUCAAGGUGAUAGAAGAGCCUAAGGAUGCAGUCAAGUCAGGUACAGGAGGAUUGAUGGUAACACCCAAGGGUGAUAUUGUAGUUGCACAAGCGGAUUCAUCCACAUGGGAUCAACAUAUGGCGAAAGCAGCCACCAGUCUUGGUGCCACUGGUGAUAUUCUAGAUUGGUAUGAUGCUAUUCCUGUGGUGCCAGAGUAUGUACAAUGUCCAGUCUGUCUUUUACUGAUGCGGGAAGCAACGAUGACACCAUGCUGUGGGGCUAGUUUUUGUGAUGAAUGUAUUCGAGGUCAUCUUUUAGAACACGACUUUACUUGCCCAGAUUGUCAUCAAUCAAUUCAACAUGGAUUAGAUGGAUUGGUGGCUAAUACCGAAGUGCGACAAUGGAUCGAUCAGUAUGUACGACGCUAUGCAACAAGUGGAAUACGACAAGGAGACGAUCAAGACAACAUAUCACAAGGUCAACAAAUGGACAAAACAUCUGAACCUGUUACUGUUCAAGAAUAGAUUUUUUUAUUUUAGUUUAAUUGUGAUGAUGAUUAUUUAUUUAAAAAUAAAGAACUUUUUUGUAUAUAUA